AUGGCAGAAACUGAAGAAAAGCAAACUUAUUAUGGCAACUGCCACUGUGGCGCCUUCAAGUUCUCCGUUGCACUUGCACCUAUCAAAAAGGCUGCGAGAUGCAACUGCAGUAUUUGCAGCAGAAAAGGAUAUUUGUUUGCUGUGCCUGAGAAGGCCUCUGACUUCAAAGUCGAAGCUGGCGAGGGCGUACUCAAGACCUACGCUUUCGGCAAUGGAGUCGCAGAGCACAAGUUCUGUCCAACAUGUGGUUCUGGCAUCAUGGUCGAAGCUCCAAAACUCGACUUUCUGGUUGUCAACAUCAACACUUUCAAGCAUGGAUCAGUAGAUGAUGACAACCUAGAAAUCAGCACAACCGACCGAGCCAAAGUCGAACCGGUCUACCAACCUUUCGUCCUCACCGAAGACCAAAAACCAGAAAUACCAGAAGGACAAAAGCUGUAUACAGGAAGCUGCCAUUGUCAAGCCAUCAAGUAUACGGUCGUGUCUGAAGAAAUCAAAGAGGUUCGAACCUGCAACUGCAGUUUCUGCUCUCGCAAUGCGGAUAUGUGGAUUUACCCACCGAUUCCCUCAGUCAAUAUGCUGGGCACAGAAGACAAGCUGACAAACUACCUCUUUGGCCCCGAACGGUCCUACCACGGUUUCUGCGGUGUUUGUGGUGUCGAUGUUGUCAAUAGAGUUGACCUCCACCCUAAAUUCAAGGCGCCGGUGAGACCCAUUAAUGUCAGAACUAUGGACAACAUUGUUUUGGAUGACUUGAAGAUCGAUAAGGCUGAUGGGUGGAGCCUCAACACCGGUCCUUACGAGGCCUACGAUGUAUGA